AUGACCAGCCUUUCAAAGCACUUCAUAUCUACCGACGCCAGGGAUGCUGGCAGCUCCAUGGUGAUCCACAGUGGGGCUUAAUAUGGUCUGUCCAGCUCAUGGAUGCUGUACCGGGACAACCUGAACCAGAGCAAGGAUCUGAUUGGCUCUGUCUCCCAAUCCGACAUCUUUGCCAUGUUCGGAACCCUGUUCCUGUGGAUGUUCUGGCCUAGUUUUAACCAGGCCAUCUCGGACCACAGGGAUGGGCAGCAUCGAGCGGCCAUCAACACCUACCUGUCCCUGGCCACCACUGUCCUCACCACAAUAGCCAUCUCCAGUCUCUCCCAGAAGACCGGCAAGCUGGACAUGGUUCACAUCCAGAACGCCACACUGGCUGGGGGCGUUGCCGUGGGAAUGGCAGCAGAGUUCAUGCUAAUGCCUUAUGGGUCUCAGAUCGUAGGGUUCUGCUGUGGCAUCAUCUCCACCCUGGGCUAUAUCUACAUCACGCCGUUCAUGGAGAAGUAUCUGAAGAUCCAUGACACGUGUGGCAUCCACAACCUCCACGCCAUGCCUGGGGUCAUAGGGGGCAUCGUGGGCGCCAUCACUGCUACAGCCGCCAGUGAAGUGGUCUAUGGCAAGGAGGGGUUGAUAAACACGUUUGACUUUACGGGGGAAUGGAAAGACAUGGUGCCGACCCGGCAGGGAGGACACCAGGCAGCAGGGCUCUGUGUGUGUGUGUUGGGAGGGGUACGGUCCGGAGGAGCAGUGCUGGGUUGUAACCUUAAGUUACCUAUCUGGGGGGAUGCUCCUGAUGACAUCUGCUUCGAUGAUGAGAUCUACCGGGAUUUACCUGAGGAUGAAGAGAACAAUCCACCUACCGUGGAGUACAUCAACCACAUGCCGUGUAAGUAG